AUGUCGCGGUCGCACCGCUUGACACUAGUGAUUGGAGUGUCAUUAUCAUUCUUUAUUAUUGAGAUAUCCGUGGGCUUCUAUACACGCUCUGUUGCUUUAAUUGCCGAUGCCUUUCACUACUUGAAUGACCUAGUCGGGUUCAUUGUAGCCUUGACAGCACUCAAGAUCUCAUCGAAAAACGAUUUACCCAAGGGGUUAUCGUUUGGCUGGCAACGAGCACAACUAUUAGGCGCAUUCUUCAACGGGGUGUUUCUCCUUGCUCUGGGUAUCAGCAUCUUGUUGCAGUCUCUUCAACGGUUCAUCUCGCUGCAGCGGGUCCAAAACCCGAAGCUCAUAUUGAUUGUGGGAUGUGUGGGACUGGGGCUCAAUCUCAUAAGUGCUUCGUUCUUACACGAACAUGACCAUGGACUGUCCUCUUCUCCACAAGCCGCAGAGGAUAUCAUUUAUGAAGAAGGACAGUAUGAUCUAGAGGUCGGUUUAGUUCCUCCCCCAUACAGUGCCUCCUGUAUCCUGACGAAAUGGUCACAGUCAAUUAAACCCGAACACCAUGAGCAUCGCCAUCACACUGUCCAGCUAGGUUCGCAUGGCCAUGAUCUCGGAACGAUGGGUGUUUUGAUACACAUUCUAGGCGAUGCUGUCAAUAACGUGGGAGUAAUAAUAUCGGCCUUGGUGAUCUGGCUCACUCACUAUGAUGCUCGAUAUUAUGCCGACCCAGCGGUGGGGAUGGGCAUCGCUUUCAUGAUAUUGAUCUCAUCCAUCUCCCUGAUGCGACAUUCCGGUCUCAUCCUCCUGGAAAGCGUUCCGACGGGUGUUGACCUGGAAGAUGUGCAACAUGAUCUUGAGAAGAUCCCAGGCGUCCUCUCGAUCCACGAACUCCACGUCUGGCGUCUUAACCAACAAAAGUCCCUUGCUUCCGUGCAUGUCGUCAUAUCGGAUCGAUCCGUAUCUAGUUUCCUCGCAAUGGCGAAAAUCAUCAAUGAAUGCUUUCACGCAUAUGGUAUCCAUUCAGCUACCCUUCAGCCGGAGCUCGUGGGAUCACCCGAGACAGUACAGCAUGAGAGAGAGGGGUCUAGCUUGCGGCAGAGACCCAACACUAGAUGCCAGAUUAAUUGUGGGACUCUAUGCGCGGAGCUGACGUGCUGCGGCUGA